CAAUUGCAAAGGCCGUACUUGGCGGUGGCUCUUAUUUUGACACACCGAACAGCGAACCACAUUCAUUUUUUCCGCAUUAUUAAGCUGCUACUUCACAGCAAGAAGGGAACAACAGACAACAGCGCCACCUGGCUGCACAUGCGACCGCUGCAUCAGGCUAGGAAGAAAAGCUCCAUCAUCCUCCUGUGAUACGAGCAUCGUUUCGGCGGAGAUAGGGCAUCCUCCCCACCCCCGACACUCAUGACUACCGACUAGGGUCGCUCAUUAACGGACAAAUAGAGGGAUAUAAGGACAGUAUUAUGUCGAAGCACCGCAAAGACAGAGACAGCUGGGGUGAGUGGUCCCUCAGUGACAAAAAUGUCUACGACUGGAGCUCAGAGGAGGAGGAGCCGGAUGGACGAGCCCGGCCCGUCCAGGUGCUGCUGGUCAAAGACGACCACACCUUCGAGCUGGACGAGGCGGCGCUGAGUCGCAUCCUGCUGGCCGAGGAGGUCAGAGACCGCGACGUGGUGGCCAUCUCUGUGGCUGGGGCUUUCCGCAAGGGCAAGUCCUUCCUCAUGGACUUCAUGCUGCGUUACAUGUACAACCAUGCCUCUGAUGUCUGGCUCGGGGAAGCAGACGAGCCUCUGACCGGCUUCUCCUGGAGGGGGGGCUCCGAGAGGGAGACCACUGGGAUCCAGAUCUGGAGUGAGGUCUUUCUGGUGGACAAGCCAGAUGGAAGAAAGGUUGCUGUAUUGCUAAUGGACACACAAGGCACGUUUGACAGCCAGUCGACGCUGAGGGAUUCUGCCACUGUUUUCGCUCUGAGCACCAUGAUAAGCUCCAUGCAGGUUUACAAUAUCUCACAGAAUGUACAAGAGGACGACCUUCAGCACUUGCAGCUUUUCACUGAGUAUGGCAGACUAGCAAUGGAGGAGACUUUCCUCAAACCAUUCCAGUCCAUGAUUUUCCUCGUUCGAGACUGGAGUUUUCCGUACGAGUUUCCCUACGGACAAGAAGGAGGCAUGAAGUUCCUGGAGAAGAGACUGAAGAUCUCAGAGAACCAGCACGAAGAGCUGCAGAACGUGCGUAAACACAUCCACUCCUGCUUCACCAACAUCUCCUGUUUCCUGAUGCCUCACCCCGGCCUCAAGGUGGCCACUAACCCGCACUUUGAUGGAAGAAUUAAAGAAAUCGAUGGCGAGUUCAUAAACAACCUGAAGGUUCUGGUCCCGUGGCUCCUCAGUCCUCGUAACAUCGACGUGAAGGAGAUCAACGGCAGCAAAAUCACCUGCAGAGGCCUGGUGGAGUACUUCAAGGCAUACAUCAAAAUUUACCAAGGCGAGGAGCUGCCGCAUCCAAAAUCCAUGCUACAGGCCACAGCAGAGGCGAAUAACUUGGCAGCGGUCGCAGCCGCAAAAGAUCUGUACAACAAGAAAAUGGAGGAGGUCUGUGGUGGUGAUCGGCCCUUCCUGGCCCCCAGCGAGCUCCAGGCCCGACACAGCGUCAUCAGGGAGGAGGCCCUGCAGGUGUUUCGGGGGGUGAAGAAGAUGGGAGGCGAGGAGUUCAGCCGCCGCUACCUGCAGCAGCUGGAGGGCGAGAUCGACGAGGUCUUUGUCCAGUACAUCAAGCACAAUGACUCCAAGAACAUUUUCCACGCAGCCCGCACGCCGGCCACCCUGUUCGUGGUCAUCUUUGUCAUGUAUGUGGCCGCGGGCAUCACGGGCUUUGUGGGCGUGGACAUCAUAGCCAGCUUGUGCAACAUGAUCCUGGGUCUGGCACUGAUCACUCUCUGCACCUGGGCCUACAUCCGGUACUCCGGGGAAUACCGAGAACUCGGCGCCGUCAUCGACCAGGUGGCUGGUGCACUGUGGGACCAGGGGAGCACAAAUGAGGCUCUCUACAAGCUGUAUAAUGUAGCGGCCAAUCACAGGCACCUGUAUCACCACGCCUUCCCCGGGCCUCAGGUGGAGGAGGUUGCCGAGGAGCAGGACAAGAAGAGGGACUGAUUAGAUAGAGACAAGAACACAGCAGAGACUUCCUGGUGAUGGACGGGGUAGGAGGGAGGGGGGGGGGGGGGGGGGGGGGGGGGAGGAACAUCCUCACCCAUCAGGCACUCUUUUAUUCUGGUAUUGGCGCUGCCCCACCGAUACAUUCACUACUUUAAACCUAAUAACGGAUUGUAUAAUGUUCAUGUAUAGGCACCUCUUCAGUCAGUGGGUGCGUGCUUUCAAGCGAUGGAUGCCAUGAAUCAUUGUCUCUCACUUUUUUUGUCUGUGGAAAAAAAAAAAAAAGAAAAAAAAUGAACACCUGUACAGACACUGUAGGCGCUCUGCCAGAGGAGACCUCGGCAUAUCCAACCUCCAGUCAGCUGUUUUAUUUCAUAUCAGACGGGUUUUUCUCACAUCAUCCCUGUGAAACCGCCCCCAUUUGUGACAAUUGUUCUGUUCUUUGAAGUUUAGUGCUGUUUAUAAGAAACAAUAUCUAGGAUCUGCGAUGUUUGAAAGCCAAAAUAUGUACUGUAUGUUAAAUAAUGAAGCGUUACGAGCAUCAUCAGCAUGGUAAAUGGUUAAUGUCCGUCAUCUUUAAGCUCUAAAACCAGGUAUACUUUAUAAAAAAAAAAAAAUUGAGUUUUAAUGGUUGUGACAAAAGUGGUAUUGUGCCAUAACAUGUAAAAAUGAUUUCACAUCCUCUGCAGCCUGGCUACAUGCAGACACUUAAUGGCACAGUUAUUAGUUGUAAACGGUAUAUUUUGUUCUGUUUUUGGAGGUUUACAGCGUUCUGGAUCAGGGAGCAGCUUCGUGCUGGCAUGUGCUUUGAAAUAACAGCACCGGGUGGAAAGACAAAUACGCAACACACACACACACAGUUAAUAACAGUUUAAAGUUUACACAACAUAGCUGACAUUAUCUCUCACUUUAUAGUCUUGCUUGCAGUUUUGUAAUUACGCAGCGUCCCGGUGAUCCUCUAUAUGUGUGUGUUUGGCCUUUUGAGGUUGAAGGGAAAGAGUGUGUUUAGUUUCCAUUGUGAUGUAGAGGUGGUGGGUGAAACCAUUGUUGUGUUUUCUCACUGAAUGUUCGAGCAAAUCCGAGGAAUGUAGCUUUAUUCUGCGGCCACCGAGGAAACAGAGCUAGAUGUUAUUAGGCGGGGCGACAGGCCUGCUCUGGAAAAGGAUCCUCAUUCCACAUCUCUUUCAUCAUCUUCACACACUUAAGUUGAAUCAUCUGUGAGAAACUGCUGCACGCCGAAAGAGGCCAGGGCCCCCGACUUUUUGUGUUUUCCAAAGCAGCUUGCAUUUGUAAACAAAAGGCUUGUAUCGGUGACAGCACUUUUUGGUGUUUGAAUACUUUGGCUUAGUAGACUGUUACUGUACUUUUGUAGGAUUGUGGUUAUUGUUUUUAGCUCAUCGAAUAACCCUGAAUCACGGCACUGUAACACGUCUGCAUCACAUACAGCUGCAGCAUCGAAAUGUGUGUUUUUUUUUCUUCACCCCCUCCGUGUAGAUCUGGUCACCAACGGUACAGGAACACUGUCAUGCACAUUUAGCAAGUUUAUACUGAGGUUUGACCUCAAGGGUUGAAAAUUUAAAGGCACUGCAGCAGAGUGGCUUCUUGAGUCUUCCACAAUGUAUAAUCAACAUCAGUGAGGCCUUCACGCAAAGAACCAUCUACGUCCAGUUUAAGAUUCGAGAGGUUUUAAAAAUCCCAUUUCUUCGUGGCUGUGCUGUGUCCAUUCAAACAAGUCAGAAAAGUAGCAUUUGUUUACACUGCGUUGCUCCAAAUUAAUCAUGAAUUGAAGAUCUGUCAGAAAAGAGGAGGGGGAAAAAAAAAAGCAGAUGACUUUUCUUGGAUUUAAGAAUUCAUUCCUAAAACCGCCCUCAUCAACAUUCAAACCAACUCCGGAUAUCGUGGGAGCCUCAGUGUACUGAAAGGUCAAAUGAUUCAACCUCUUGGUGAGCUCUUCCAAGUCAGCACUGCUUAGUUUCAGCACACGCAUUGCAAAAUUUCAGUUACAAAGAAAUAAAUAAUAAAGUUGGACCAAAUUAAUGAAAA